AUGAAGAGAUAUUUUUUAGGGGUUGAUUUUUUAUCUUUUGGUUUGAUUAUUUUAAGUUGUUGAAUUAGUGGUUUAAUAAUAAUAGCAAGAGAAAAGUUGAAUUUUUAUAAAAAGCAGGAGAGUUUAUUUAUAUUUUUAUUAGUUAUUUUAUUAAUAUUUUUAGUUUUAACAUUUAUAUCUAUAAAUAUAUUUAUAUUUUAUUUAUUUUUUGAGAGAAGUUUAAUUCCAACUUUUUUUUUAAUUUUAGGAUGAGGGUAUCAGCCUGAGCGUUUACAGGCAGGGGUUUAUAUUUUAUUUUAUACAUUAUUAGCUUCUUUACCUUUAUUGUUGAGAAUUUUUUAUUUAUAUAAAAUUUAUGGUUCAUUAGAUUUUUUUUUUUUUAAUUUAAGCAGUAGUUUUAGAAUUUAUUUAUAUAUUAGUUUAAUUAUAGCUUUUUUGGUAAAGAUACCUAUAUUUUUAGUUCAUUUAUGGUUACCAAAAGCUCAUGUUGAGGCUCCUGUUGCUGGUUCGAUAAUUUUAGCUGGAGUUUUAUUAAAGUUAGGAGGAUAUGGUUUAUUUCGUGUGUUAAUAAUUGUUCAGAGAUUAGGUGUAUCUUUAAGAUAUUGAUGGGUUAGAGUUAGAUUAUUAGGGGGAGUAUUAGUAAGAUUGUUAUGUUUAUGUCAAACAGAUAUAAAAUUAUUAAUUGCUUAUUCUUCUAUUGUUCACAUGGGUAUUGUAGUAGGAGGUUUAAUAACAAUAAAGAGUUGAGGAAUAAUGGGAGGAUUUAGUAUGAUAAUUGCUCAUGGGUUGUGUUCAUCUGGUUUAUUUUGUUUAGCUAAUUUAGUUUAUGAGCGAACAAUAAGACGAAGAUUAUUUAUUAAUCGAGGUUUAUUAUCUGUUAUACCAAGAAUAAGUAUAUGAUGAUUUUUAUUAAGUAUUAUGAAUAUAGCAGCUCCUCCUUCAUUAAAUUUAUUAGGCGAGAUUAGUUUAUUAAAUAGAUUAGUAAGAUGAUCAGUAAUGAGAAUAUGAUUAUUAUUUUUUAUUUCUUUUUUAGGAGCAGCAUAUACAUUGUAUUUAUAUUCUUAUAGUCAACAUGGUAAGUUUUUAGUAGAAUAUGGAAGUUUUUCAGGUUUUAUUCGUGAAUAUAUAUUAAUAUUUUUACAUUGAUUACCUUUAAAUUUAAUAAUUAUAAAGGUUGAUUAUUUUUUUUUAAUUUAUUUAAA